AUGGUGCAUCCACAUUCAAUUGCCCUCCGAGGGGCACUGCGCAACCUUCGAGCUCGUCCCGCCCCGCAACAAAGAUUCUUCGGUGCAUCGGCCCGAUACCAGGCAAGCGAGAAGCCGCAGCAGGCCUCCUUCAAGAGCCAGCUCUACGAGAGCACCCAAUCCCGUCUGAAGCGCGAGCGAGCCGAGCAAGAACGUUUCGCAAAGUACCAGACUCAGUCUCCCGGUGGCCGAUAUGCCGCCCUAGUCUUCGCUUUGGUCUUCUUCUCCACCGGUUCAUACUACCUCGGAUCGCUUAAGCCCGCUGCCCUCCCGACAACUUCCACAAGUGCUCUUGCAGAUAUCGAACCGGCCAAGCAUAAUGUGUCCCCGUCCAACCUCCAGGCUGCUUGGUCAGACUUCGUGGAGAUUCUAGGAAAAGAAAAUGUCUCGACUACUCCCGGCGAUCUUGAGUCACACGCCGGCUCGGACUGGUCUUCUUACUCGCGGAAGGACAAUGAAACGCCCUUCUUGAUUCUUUACCCAGAUACCACCGAGGAGGUCUCCCGAAUCAUGAAGGUCUGCCACCAGCGAGUCAUCCCGGUCACUCCCUACUCGGGCGGCACAAGUUUGGAGGGUCACUUUGCACCCACUCGCGGAGGUGUAUGCAUUGACUUCCGUCGUAUGGACCGUAUCUUGCAGUUGAACAAGAGUGAUCUCGACGUAGUGGUCCAACCGGCACUAGGAUGGGAGGAACUGAACGAGGAGCUGACCAAGGAUGGUCUCUUCUUCCCUCCGGACCCAGGCCCAGGAGCUAUGAUCGGAGGCAUGGUUGGCACAGGCUGCUCGGGCACCAACGCGUACCGCUACGGAACUAUGCGCGAGUGGGUUCUGUCAUUGACGGUAGUCCUAGCCGAUGGAACAGUGAUCAAGACUCGUCAGCGCCCACGCAAGUCUAGUGCCGGAUAUGAUCUGACCCGAGUCUUCAUCGGCAGUGAGGGAACUCUGGGCCUGGUAACAGAGGCGACCCUCAAGCUCACAGUCCGCCCACAGAGCGAAAAUGUUGCCGUGGCCAGCUUCGCUAGCAUUCAGAAUGCCGCAGAAUGUGUUACUAAAGUUGUUGAGGCUGGAAUCCCCGUUGCAGGAGUGGAAAUUCUUGACGAUGUGCAGAUGAAAUGCAUCAAUGCUAGCCAGACCACUAGCCGCCAGUGGAAGGAGUCUCCUACUAUUUUCUUCAAGUUCACAGGAACCCCAUCGGCUGUUAAGGAACAGAUUGGAAUGGUCCAGAAGAUCGCCUCCGGCGCAUCUGGCAAGUCAUUUGAGUUUGCUCGUGGUGAGGAAGAAAUGAAGGAACUAUGGAGUGCCCGUAAACAGGCCCUGUGGAGUGUGAUGGCCAUGCGGAGAGGACCUGAAGAUCGUGUCUGGACGACCGACGUGGCCGUUCCCAUGAGCAGACUGCCGGAUAUCAUCGACGCGACCAAGGCGGAUAUGACCAAGAGUGGAUUGUUGGCUGGAAUCUGUGGUCAUGUUGGCGAUGGAAACUUCCACGCAAUUAUUCUAUUCAAUGAGAGUGAGAAGAAGGUGGCCGAAGAAGUGAUCCACCGCAUGGUCAAGCGGGCCGUCGAGAUGGAGGGAACCGUGACGGGAGAGCACGGUGUUGGUCUCGUCAAGAGAGAUUAUCUUGCCCACGAGCUUGGUGAGACUACAGUGGAUGCCAUGCGCAGGUUGAAAUUGGCAUAUGAUCCCCUGCGUUUGCUCAACUGCGACAAGGUUGUUCGAACGGAGCAGCCCGCCCCAGGCGAGAUUAAGCAGUGGUAG